UACUUGGUUUGUCAAGCUAGCCAAACGUUGCCUUCAAUUCAGUACAUCUACAGAUACACAAUACGAAAGAAAGUCGGUGUAUUCGCAUCUGCUCUCGUGUCUCAUCAUGGGGCAAAGCCAAAUCUUUCCUGCUGUGGACUACUCAACGGUGUCCCACGUUACCAGUGCAGCUGGAAAGAGGCUUUACACUCGCGCUUGGAAGUCAGACUCCUGCUCUACUCCCAAAGGGAUUGUCUACCUAAGCCAUGGUGUUUCGGAGCACAUUGAGCGCUAUGGUGAAAUGGCGGCUUGGUUCACGGACAUUGACAUGGUUGUGUAUGGCCAUGACCAUGUCGGCCAUGGCAGAAGUGAAGGAGACCGUGUUCAUGUGAGUGACUUUGGAGAGUAUGUCACCGAUGUGGUGCAGAGACUCCGUGAAGUACGCGAGCAGCAUCCCGGCCUGCCGCUGUUCCUUCUUGGCCACUCGAUGGGUGGACUGGUUGCGUUCCUGACCGCUGCUCGACACACGGACCUCGUGGACUUUGUCUUGCUGAGUGCUCCUGCCCUGAUCGGUGAUCCAGAUGUUGCUACUCCGGUCAAGAUAUUCAUGGCGAAAGUUGCAGGUGGAAUCACGCCGCAACUGGAAGUGGGGAAGCUACCGCAAGAGUUCAUCUCUCGUGAUCCAUCAGUGAUGGAAGCCAACAGCAAAGAUCCCUACUUUUGGCAAGGCGGAAUGAAGGCUGCAUUUGUUGUUUCCGCUUUGCAAGGACAAGCAGAGGCUGAGCAGCUGCACAAGUCAUUCACUACACCAAUACUGGUGUUCCAUGGUACUGCUGAUGGUCUUUGCCCGAUUGAAGGCUCGCGUCAGCUAAUGGCAGCUAUUGGCAGUGAAGAUAAAACCUUGAAGGAAUAUGAAGGUGGCUAUCAUGAAUUACAUAUGGAACCAGACGGCAUGAAAGAAGAGUUGCAAGAGGCGGUGGUAGCGUGGGUGAAAGAGAGGCUGGAACGGUUCAAUGCCCAAACGUCAACCACAUGAAGCGGAUGCUUUGUAAGAAACCUUACGUAUGCAUAUGCAAGGUGAAAGGAUGUACUUCCGUGCAAAAGCUCCAAUGUUUCCCUCUACCUGGUGUGCUAGCAUGUACUUUCCUGGUUGGCUCUUUUCCUGAAAGUAAUUAGUUGUCAGCAGCUGAGCAGACCCAUGUGGAUAACUGCAGACGGAACACAUGGCUGAUUGUGCCUACUAUUGUGUACUGUCCCAGUUUUCAAUGGGGUUCUCGCCGUAACAAGGCUAUUGCUAUACUGACGCUUGUUGCUGAUUUCCCUGCUUCGUGCUCCGUUGCGUCGCGGGUUAAUGUCCAGUGCGAUAUUAUUCUCGCCGUGAUGCUGGUGGACUGUAUUCUUCACUCCGGCUAGUUUCCAUUGGCCGUGAUUCUAGAUUCUAGAUUUCUUUGAGAGUAGCUACAUCAAUUUCAAGAUAGAUGUAGAUGUUAUGUGUUUGAACUCUGGAGCUAGAUGUCGUUACAAUGUACUCCAGAGAAUAUGGUCAACAUUGAGGGAUUCAUUUCCGAUACGGUCAUGUACUCAUAUAAUGAAGUUUUUUUCUUUCUUCAGUGGCUUCUUGCCCGUACAUGUAUUUGUAUGCCUGUCAAACAUACACCUUUCAAGCAUACACCUGUCAAGACCAAGACUAGGCGUUUACUAUUAUCGGUGCAAAAAAGCAUUUGGCUGCAUUUUCGUGACACUUGUCGUCAGACAUGCCUCGUCUGAUCAUGGUAACCAUGGUAACGGAGCCAGAUACUUAACUAGCUUAGUACUAGCUACAUGUAAUUGUGGCCUGAAACGCAGUUGACUACGUACACUUUUUGUCUUUUUUAGCAGCAACUCAAUUGUAACUGAUUUCGUGGUAUACUGCCAGACCAUUUCUUCAGAACUCUCAAACUCCACUGCAACAUAUUACUUGAACUCAUCACGGCAUUGAAUGAUGGCCAAUGGCAGAAAUAUUGGCAACUAACUGUUA